GCCUCAUUUUUGCCAUGAUAAUUACUCCUGCCAGCAGUAUUUUAUUUUCGCCCGAAGUUCAGGUUUCAUAAUUCAUUAGUGAUGACAUGAAUGCUUCAUUUUCCCAAUCCUGUAUCAUGAACCCGUGUCUUUUUUUACGGCAACGCCCGUAUGUAUUUUGUUUAACCGCUCCACUCCUCGCUUCCAGACGCCAAAACCCAAGAAAACGGGCAAAACAAUCCCAAUGAAAGACAGUAUCGAAGGAAAAUCGCAUGGUUCGCACAGCCUGGUUAGCGAGCGCCGUUGUAAUUGUUCGUGGCCCAAUCAUCACUAGCAAAUGUCUGGUUUUGUGUCGACGUUGUGAGGGGUUGUGCGAGACCAGGCUCGAACCGCACUGGCCUCAUUGUUCGCAAAACAGUAGGUGCAGCAUUUGGGAUGUCGCUUGUGGCAUAAUUCAUAUUUCCAAUAUUAUCCGCCAUAUCCCAGGGGCCAGGAAAGAGGUUGAAAAGCAUAUUUGGGUCUCGUGUAUAAUCCGGGAUCGGGGGUGCCAAAACUUGUGGAGGGUCAUGGUUGGGACGGCGAAUCUCAUUGACGGCGCCUUCGUACGGCAUUUGUGGCUGGGUACCACCACCGAUUGGAGCAACAUUAUCCGUAGUUUCUGCCUCAUUAUACUGGGUUUGGGUAGAUUCUCUCGGAAAACAUGUGGUCCAUAUCUUCUCCCACUUCUCAUGAUCGCCAGACACCGCAGCGACUGCGCCUUUGAGCUUCUUAAACUCGCCUGGUAGCAAAACCCCCGUCUCCGCAAUGCUUUGUUCAUCGCAGCCUGUAUUUGUAUGACUAUCCCAUCUCUCAUCGGCGCCAAGGCCAUGGAACUCGAUCCGACAUCUCCAACAGUAGAAAACUAUUUUAUCUGGGUCCCUUGUCGUUCCUGGGUGUGUCGCAUUGUCGUCCGUAGAUUGGUCGGUUUCCUGUACAUCCAGUGUAACAUGGUUCAAUACAUGGCAUCGGCC